UCAGUGUGUGUGUGUGUGUGUGUGUGUGUGUAUUUGGUGAGUGUUGGAUGUCAGAGGCUGGCCCUAUGUCAGCAUUACAAAUGUACGGGGAGUCAAAUCAAGAGGAUAUUGGACGAGCCAACGCUGAGAACAUCAGAGCUGACGUGCAGGUCUCUGAAAAGUUUGGGAAAUCAGCAGUGGAGAUGAGAGAGUGGAUGGAUCCUGAGAUGGGCAUGAUGACCGGAGGCUACCUCUCUGGAGCAGACGCUUACGGCAUUGCAGAACCGCAGUACUAUGAUGUGUUGGUGGAUCCAUUGGGAUAUUCAUACCAGGACCUUGAUCUUCAGGCUUUUCCCUAUAGUCAGCAGCACUACAAUCAAGCUAACAUGCAAGUCUCUGUGUACGGACCACCCGGCUCUCAACCAUGUACCACAGCGUACCCGUAUAGCCCGCAGUAUCCGGAGCCUCCAUGUCAACCAGAUAUGGAGCUGUUGCACGGCCAGACGAGAGGCAGCAUCAGCACAACCCCAGGCAUGAAGAGACCCCGACUGGGGCCUGGAGCUCGGGUGAAGGGUCAGGACGAACUGUGUGUGGUGUGUGGGGACAAAGCUUCAGGGUACCACUAUAAUGCUCUGACCUGUGAAGGCUGCAAAGGCUUUUUUAGGCGCAGCGUCACCAAGAAAGCUGUGUAUCGUUGCAAGAGUGGUGGCAGCUGUGAGAUGGACAUGUACAUGCGUCGCAAGUGUCAAGACUGCCGACUGCGCAAGUGCAGAGCCGUCGGGAUGCUAGCAGAGUGUCUGCUUACUGAGGUGCAAUGUCAGUCAAAGAGGCUAAGAAAGGGGGCCAAGCACCGAGGAGACUCGCUUUCAGUUUCUCCUGCUGAAGAUGAUGAAAGCAAUGAAAGUAGAAACGUGUCCUCUACCAGCAGACUACCUGCACCAGCACGGGUGCCGUCAGGAUUUUCCAGAGAGCAGAAGUGUGUCCUGAACAAAAUUGUAGAAGCUUAUCGUCGGUAUAGAGCUCAAGAUGGCACACGUUUUUGGGUGUCCCACUGGUCCUGUUUACAAGACAAUGCUGAUCGUUUGACAGACUUGACCCCUCUUGAAAUAGAAAGACUUCUGCAGUUCUCAAAGAGCAUACCUGGGUUCGAGCUCUUGGACAGUGCUGAUCAGAACAUUCUUCUCUCCAGCUCAUCUGUGGAGGUCAUGUUCUUGCUCUUGGCUCAACAGUUCACUGAGAAUCCAUCCCUGUACAGCUCAUCUCUGUAUCCUGGCAGUGCGAGUGACUCAAGCUACAGCUGUUUGAAAACCUCACAGUCUAAGGCUAGCAGUCAUGAUAUGCUGCUAAACUCAGGGAUGAGUGAGGAAUUCUUGGGGCCUUUGCUGAAUUUCUUCCACAGUAUGGCAGCUAUCUCAGUGACGGAUACUGAAUACGCUCUUCUCGUUGCUACGUCGGUGUUGUGCUCAGACAGACCGUAUCUGUGUGCCAUGAGCUGCGUAGAGAACCUGCAGGAAUUUGUUCUGGAGCUGCUCUCCAAGGUGUGCAGGAACGGCCAGGUUUCGUCUCAUGGGUCAUGCCGUUUCGCCAGGCUACUCGGUCGGCUAACAGAGCUGAGGACGCUGCAACAUAACAUCACACUCCGGCCGCAGCAGAUCUGGGACAUGCAGCAUUGAGACUCACCGUUCAGGAAGACAGAGUUCCUGUGUUUCUAAACCUUCUGAGUAGGCGUGUUGGUAUAAGCACAGAAAACGUGGCGUUAGUCGGGAUUUUGGCACAAACAACAGGAUGGAUCAGUAUUCUUCCUCUGAUGGGCUUUAUGAAAAUGGAUGUUUCAAAGAAACUUAUUUUUGAUAAUACAGUAGUCAAAUUCAACGUUGUACCUUUGUACAAACUUAUUUUGGCAUGGAGUUUCAUUUAUUUUUCACUAUAUUUGAUUCCUGACAUAAAAUACAAUAGAAAAAUUUACAAAUUUCUAAA